UAUUGGUUUUCCUUUUGUCGCACUUGCAGUAAAUAUUUUAGCGAUGUCUUCAUGUUUGUCUCAUCUGCAAUGGCAACACGAGAUCGUAGUUCUGAAAGUGCACGAUUUGAGGUGUUGAAUUCAGAAUACAGUGCGGUUUUGCUAGGAAAUGAAAAUGCAACUAUACACAUUGAUGCUGUUAUCGAUCCUUUGAGCCCCACUGGUCAAAAACUAGCAUCACUUCUUCAAGUUCUACAGAAACAUGUUCAGACGAGCAUGAGGAUUGUUCUGAAUCCCAUGAGUUCCCUUGUGGACAUUCCUUUGAAGAAUUACUACAGAUAUGUCUUACCUAAUACGGACGAUUACAGCAGUACAGGCUUUGACGUAGAUGGGCCUAAGGCAUUUUUUGCAAAUAUGCCAUUGUCUAAGACACUUACCAUGAAUCUUGACGUUCCAGAGCCAUGGCUUGUUGAACCAGUAAUUGCCAUCCAUGAUCUUGAUAAUAUUUUGCUUGAGAACCUGGGAGAUACCACUACACUGCAGGCAGUUUUUGAGGUUGAAUCUCUUGUUCUUACAGGUCAUUGCGCAGAAAAAGAUCAUGAGGCUCCUCGUGGCCUUCAGCUGAUUCUGGGAACCAAAAAUAAACCGCAUUUGGUUGAUACCCUUGUAAUGGCCAAUUUGGGUUAUUGGCAGAUGAAAGUAUCCCCUGGGGUUUGGUAUUUACAACUUGCUCCGGGUAGAAGUUCUGAACUAUACGUUUUGAAAGGAGGAAAUGACGGGAGUCAAGAUCAAUCCUCGCUGAAACGUAUUACUAUCGAUGAUCUGCGUGGUAAAGUUGUUCAUCUAGAAGUAGUUAAGAGAAAGGGUAAGGAGCAUGAGAAGUUGCUAGUUCCUUCUGACGAUGAUGAUGGUGUGCAACAAAACAAUGAACGACGAAGCUGGAACUCAAAUUUCUUGAAAUGGGCGUCUGGUUUCGUUGGUGGUCGUCAACAAUCAAUGAAGGGAGAUUCCAAAAAAGAGCAUGAGAAGGGUGGACGACAAGGGAAAACGAUAAAUAUAUUCUCCAUCGCUUCAGGGCAUUUAUACGAGCGUUUCCUUAAGAUCAUGAUUCUCAGUGUUUUGAAGAACACCAAUCGUCCUGUAAAAUUCUGGUUUAUUAAGAAUUAUCUUUCUCCUCAGUUUAAGGAUGUAAUUCCACAUAUGGCACAAGAAUACAACUUUGAGUAUGAGCUGAUUACUUACAAAUGGCCUACCUGGUUGCAUAAACAGAAAGAAAAGCAACGAAUUAUUUGGGCCUACAAAAUUCUUUUCCUUGAUGUUAUAUUUCCACUGUCAUUGGAAAAGGUUAUAUUUGUCGACGCAGAUCAAAUUAUAAGGACAGACAUGGGAGAACUGUAUGAUAUGGAUAUUAAAGGAAGACCUCUUGCGUAUACUCCUUUUUGUGACAACAACAGGGAAAUGGAUGGAUAUCGAUUUUGGAGACAGGGUUUCUGGAAAGAACAUUUACGUGGUAGGCCAUACCAUAUCAGUGCUCUGUACGUUGUUGACUUGGUUAAGUUCCGAGAGACAGCGGCAGGAGAUAAUCUAAGAGUAUUCUAUGAGACGCUUAGCAAGGAUCCAAACAGUUUGUCCAACCUAGAUCAGGAUCUUCCUAAUUAUGCUCAGCAUACUGUUCCUAUAUUUUCACUUCCCCAAGAGUGGUUGUGGUGUGAAUCUUGGUGUGGAAACGCCACAAAAUCCAAGGCGAAAACAAUCGAUCUUUGCAACAAUCCCAUGACAAAGGAACCAAAGCUUCAGGGUGCAAGAAGAAUCGUAACUGAAUGGCCUGAUCUAGAUCUCGAGGCACGGAAAUUCACAGCAAAAAUCUUGGGUGAAGAUGUGGAACUCAACGAGCCAGUAGCCGCUGCUACAGACAAACCUAACCCUCCUCCAUCAAAUGACAUCUCGGAAGAUUCAGAACAAGACUUGGAAUCUAAAGCAGAACUGUAAAUGCACGUUCCGGAAAAAGAGGAGAAGAUAAAACCAUGAAUCAUGGCUAUUUUGAAUUUGCUUAGAUAAGGUUUCUAGUUUUUGUAGUUGCAGUUUCGUAGACAAACGACGACAUCUCUCAGCAAAAACUAGACAGAAGAUAAAAUGAGAAUAAUAUCAGUAUAAUGUUUUUUACAUCAA